AUGGCGGAGCCGGGGCCGGACUGCAGCGCCCUGCUCGACGAGGAUCUCUCCUCCUUCGUCUUCAACUACCUCGCUGACAGCCAGUACGAGGUGUCUGGCGAGGAGCACCUCUACUCCGAUUUCCCCGAGAUUGAUUUGUCCCAACUGGAUGCCAGUGACUUUGACUCUGCCAGCUGCUUCAGCGAGCUGCAGUGGUGCGCGGAGCACUCGGAGACCGAGUCCAGCCAGUACAGCACGGAUGACUCCGAGCUCUUCCAGAUAAUAGACAGCGAGAAUGAAGCGCUGCUGGCAGCCCUCACCGAGACAUUGGAUGAUAUACAGGGAGAUGACAUGGGCCUGGCUGCCUUCCGCACUAUGGAAGAGGGGGACACGCUCAACCAUGCCUACACCUCGCCUGCCCCCUCCCCCAAACCCGCUGCCCCGGUCACGGGGGGGCCGCCCCAGGCCCCCGAGUUUGAUGAGCUGUCUCUACUAAAGAAGUUGCUUCUCUCUCCAUCGCACGUGCCUCCGAGCAGCGAGGCUCAGAGAGAUGGGAGUGCCCGGCGCCCAGGGACUCCUAAGUCCAGACCCGCACGGCCCUGCACAAAGGCAGAAGGUCCCCGGGACAGGAAGGCCAACUCCCAGCCCGCGCAGAGCCGGAGCUGCACGGAGCUGCACAGACACCUCACCUCCGCGGCUCCCUGCUCGCAGACCAAAGCCCCCCGGACCCUUGAGGAGUGUCAGAGCAGCCACCACCACCCACCCCUGGCCGACUGCGCCCAGCACGAAGACGACAGUGACUCCAGCGAGGACUCGCUGAGCUCCGGCGACAUCGUGACAACCCCACCUUCCUCCUCAGAGGACAGCGCCGGCAGCCAGCUCUCCUGUGAGAGGGAGAUGCAGUCGGUGGUGGAGCUCAUCCGCUACAUGCACACCUACUGCCUGCCGCCGCGGAAGCUGCCCGCCCGCGACCCCGCCGACGCCGAGCCCCAGCCCUGCCGCAGCCCCUUCAAGAGAGCCAAGCCGGCCGGCGCUUCGCCGGCGUGUCCCCCCUGCAGCGCCGGGAGCCGCGCGGGCUGCGCCUGGCAGGCGGCCGGCGGCUGCAAGAAGCCCAGGGCUUCCUUCUCCAUCCUGAAGGAGCUCCUGGCUCGGGACCUUCUGUGUGACGUGAGCAAGCCAUACCGUCUGGGCAAACCCGUGUACGCCUCCCUGACCGGGCCUGCCGGCGCCCGGUCCCCGGGGACACCGGCGCAGGACGGGGAGGACGCCGGCGGCGCCUGCAGAGCCAGAGCUAAAACGCCGCCGGAGAAGGCUGAGCUGUGGCAAAGCCCCAGGGCCGAGGCAGAAGCCCUGCGGGAGCCUAGCGGCCUCGAGGACGACGGCGGGAGGCGCGGGGGCGCUGCCGGCCAGCCGGCCGCGGGGAAGGCGGCCCGCAGGCAGGAGAGCGCCGUGUACGCCGUCCGCCGCUCCAAGAGACUCAACCCGGAGCUGGGCCACUGGCUCUCGUUCCUCGACGAGCCGCCCCCCGAGCCGCCGGCCCCCACCGAGCCGGCCGAGGGCCGAGGCCCCUGGGAGGCCGCCGGGGAGCCGGCGCCGUGCCCGACGCUGGAGAGCUUCCCGGCCGAGGAGCCGGCGGCGGAGGUGGAGGUGGGGGGCGCGGAGGAGGGGGACGGCGGGAGCCCCACGCGGGCGGCCGAGCCCCGGCCGCUGCCCCCGGGCGACGGCGAGGGGGCCGAGGGAGCCGAGACCCGCCGCGGCGCCCUCCUGGAGCCAGCAGAAACAGCCAGGUGUCUCACGCUGUCCUUGGCGCAAACAGACCCAACCUUUGGGAAGAGAAACUUUGAGCCAAUGCUGACUGUGGAGUUGUGUGGGACAGCAGGUCUCACACCACCCACCACUCCACCAUACAAACCAGCCGAGGAGGACCUGUACAAGCCAGACAUCCCCCAGGAGGCAGGGAAGGAGGAUACCACCAUCUCCAGCCCCGGGCUCACACCAGAUAUGGCAGCUCCCCGAAAACCCCUGAAGAAGCAUCCUGAGAGGACAGAGCUGUUUGCACACCUGAGCCGAGCUGCCACACGCCCAGCUCUUCCGGAGCAGCAGGGAAUGCUGAAACGGCCCUUCUCACGCUCCUUUGGGGACCAUGACUACUGCCAGGUCAUGAAGCCUGAGGCCACUCUCCAGAGGAAGGUGCUCAAGUCCUGGGAGCCCCCUAGCCAGGUGGAGAAUGAACACAAGAGGAGAGUCCCGGAUGCACAUUACCAGGGGCUGGACCUCAGCGGCAAGGAGGCGACCAGUGAGAUCUCGUGGAAGGAUGGCAUCAAACAGCUGAGAGACCAGGAGAUAAGAGCCAGCUUAACCAAGCACUUUGGCUUUCUGGACAGUGCUCUCGAUGAUGAGGACAUGGCCUUCUGCAAGACCCCUGAAUAUGACACUGUCUUUGAUGACAGCUGCAGUGAGAGUGGCUCUCCAGUGGAAGGGGAGGAGGAGGAGGAGGAAGAAGAGGAGGAGGAAGAACACUGCGAUAGUCCACUGAACACCAAGCUCUGCCUACGGAGAAACCCACUGUCCAGGACCAGUUUGCACUACUGUUCUCGGAGCAGAUCCAGCUCGGGGUCUUCCUGCUGCCGGUCCCGAUCUCCAACAAGCAGACGCACCUUCAGAUGUGAAAACAGUGAGCAGUGUCAAGGUGGCAAUAUGAACCAGGGCCAGAUGGAGAAGAGAAGAGAAAAGGCCAUUGGCGAAGGCCGGGUGGUGUAUAUCAGAAACCUCUCCAGCAACAUGAGCUCCAGCGAACUGAAGAAGCGCUUUGAAGUGUUUGGGGAAAUUGUGGAGUGUCAGGUCCUCUCCAGGACUAACAGGGGGGAUAAAUAUGGCUUCAUCACCUACCGGUAUUCAGAGCAUGCCGCCUUAUCUCUGAAGAAUGGCUCCUCGCUAAGGAAGAGGAAUGAGCCUUCGUUCCAGCUCAGUUCUGGUGGCCUCGGGCACUUCUUCUGGACCAGAUAUGCUGACCUGGAUUGCAGCGCGGAAGAGUCCUCCCCAGCUCCAGUGAAAAGCAAGUACGAGACCAUGGAUUUUGACAGCUUGCUGCAGGAGGCCCAGCUAAGCCUGCAUCGGUAACAGCCUUAACCUUGGAGGAAUACCUCAAUACCUCAGUCAAGGCACUUCCAAUAUGUUUACGUUUUCAAAGAAAUUAUUCAGUCUAUGAAAAGCGAGAGAGAGCGAGAGAGAGCGAGAGAGAGCACGCACGCGCGAGAGAGAGACUGCUGUCCCUUUCGAUCGAUGUUUACAUUGAACAAAGCUGCUUCUGUCUGUGAGUCCCCAUGGUGUUGAUGUCUCACUGCCACACAUUAGUCUCCCUGCUUCUGACUGGUUGUUUUAGGGUGAGCCUAGGCGCCCUCCGUCCCCUCGGCCCGUCUCCUGCCCCCGUCUCCCCCGCCCCGUGCUCCCGUUGUGGAGUUGCAGCUGUGUUCACCAUAACAUUUUUGUCUGUAGUGUGUAAUGAUGAAAUUGUUAAUUGUGAAUAGAAUCAGGAUUAUAAACUAAUUUUUAAUAGAAGAAGAAAAAAAGUAUAUACUUAAAAAUGUAUUUAUGGCUCAGAUGUACUGUAAUUCAGAUUUAUUGUACCGCUUCCUUGAUUUUUAACUAUGCACUGUAAUGAGGCACUUGCCACUGAGCAAAUGGGGAGUCAGAGCAGAAUCACAGAGCCAGUGUUCGCCCUUUGGUCGCGGAGGCACCCGCCCUCCCCGCCAGUGAACCAGGGUGCUCUGCGGUCGGGUUGGGGUCUCCCACUUUGCUGUCAAGCCAUUCUUCUCGCCCGUGCGGCUGGAGCCCUGAGCCCCAGCUCUGCCCACUUGUGGGAACCCGAUGCCGAGCUCAGUCCUGGGGCGCGAGAAGGUUAGAGGGGUCGGGAGCAGCCGGCCUGGUGCCCUUCGUGCCGUACAGCAGUGCAGGUUGGUAGGUGGGAAGGAAAGGAGCGGUGAAGGAUGCAGCAGUAAAAUACUACCAAAGUGGGCACGUGGGCUCGAUGCCCACGAGCCGUCACUGCCCCAGCGAGGCAGCUGCCUUUGGGUCAGGAGAGAGAGGCCCACAGGGAGUCACCCCAGCAGCCUGAGCCCACAGCGAGCAUGGUCCUGCCUGCAUGGCCUGGUGGGACCUGCUGGUCUUGCUGCGGGCAGAGGCGCCUCUGCCCGCAGGGUCUGUGCAACAUAACUAGCUUCUCUCCAGUCCCUCUGGUGGCUGGGAACCAGCUGGGGCAGAGCAGCUCGCUCACAGCUCGCUUCCACCGACUGCAGAGCAACUGGGGCACGAAUAUCCUUCUGUUCAUCUCCGCCUGGCAGCAAGCCCAAAAUCCACAUGCGCAGCGACAGGGGAGGGGACACGGCAGCUAAGCUGAAGAGCUCUGCCCCUUCCAACACGCUGCCCUUUCUCUGACUGGUAUCUAAAAGCCAUACACUAUCCCAGCACCAGGUUGGCAACCAGAAUCCUUCCCCCUACCCAUCUUGGCCCAUCCUCUGCCGUCCUCUCUGUCUCCCUAGCCAAGGCUCAUGUCUAGCAGUGCGAAGGAAGCGUCGCAGCUUUGCAGUGUGUUCGUGGCUCCUGCCUGGCCUGCCUGCUGGCCAGCACUAACCUGCUCUGCCUCUCGCUGAGGGCUGGCAAGGCCUUCUGGCAAUGCUGGAUUUAAGGCAUGCUAAAGCGGCAUCCCCAUGAAAUUUGCUUGCAAACUUGCCCUCCAUCUCUGGGAGAGCUGGGAGGGAAAAGACCCCCCUACUGGUUGGAGGAAACCCAACCAAGAGCAGACCAGAAACACCAUUUCCCAGGAGGAUGAGGAAAUCCUGCUGACUCCUCAAGCCAUCUCCAUAGUUUCCAUUUGCUUUCCAGACACAGAGACCACUAGGGAUUCAGCCAUCCUAUGUAGAUAGAAUAUUAUAGCCUUAACUCUGCCAAUAGAUAGAUUAGAGUCUUCUGGGGUCUCCCCUAUACAUGACUUAGGGUUUUUAUUUUCAUUUCCGUAGUGGGGAUAUUAUUUCAUCUUACAGGGAGUAUGACCAAAGUCUCCACAACUGCAUGAGAUUCAGUUUCAAGAAUGUAAUCCUGCUGAUGUGGUCCUUUGCUCUAUGGACUUAUUUGCACCACUUACAGCAUAAGAUAAUCUUUAGCAGGAGAAAGAAUACCAGAAGCAAUGAUACCAGCACAACUACCUGGUUAUUUCUCCCUUUUGUGGAACCCAUGGUUCUGAAAACGACCAGCUAGGUGGUGUAACGUCCCACGGGCUUCGUGGUGAUUCGAACUGCAGUUCCCGAAUCUCAUCACCAGUGAUAAUCGCUGUCAGUUGGUAGUCCUUGUGCCGUUUCAGUCUCAGCCCAGAGUAGCAGCAAGGUUUGACACCUCUUCUGUAAAACAGCCACAGGCUCUCCCCCACUCCUCAUCCCAACCUAGCACACACAAGUAACUCUGGCCGAGACUGAGCAUCUGCUAUUGGCAAUUGCCUCAUUGUAGCUUUGCCUUUUUCUGUCCUAGUAUUUCCUCACAACAAUGAUGUUUACAUGUGAUUGCUAUAAAGCUUAUGUAGAAUGUAUAUAGCGACACAUUUAGGGUGGGUAGUACUGUCCUGUGCUGUGCUGAUGUUUUUCAGAAAACGAUCAAUCAAAAAAAAAAAAAAAAAAAACCACUAAGUGGAAUUCUUCCAUCUCCUUGCUCAGUCCAAGGCCGGAUCACAGCCCAUGGAGACGGGCUUGGUCCCAGAUGGAGAAUGCAUCAAAUGUGACGGACGUGAAAGGGUUGAAUGCAGCAGCUGGGGAGGCCUUUCCAGAGCCCGGCAGGAGCCUCCUCCUGUGUGAAUCACUCAGUUGCUUCACAAGCAUUGAUUUCCAUGUAUGUAGAGUUAAAAUUUCACACUGUUUUCCCAAGGCUGGACUUCCUGUGUCAGCCAGCAGCCAACGACCUUUGCAGAGCUUCUGCGCUUCGAGUAAGGAUCUCCUGAGGAGAAAGGAAGAUCUUGUAACGCACAGAGCCCAUCAGUACUGCAGUCGUAGGAUAGGAAGAGAUGCAAUAAGUGGUCUUCGUGUUGCCUGAAGCCUAUAAACGGGGGGUAGGGUUUUUUCUUUUUCUUUUCUUAAUGUGGAUGGCUUAUUUUCCCUCCUCCCUUGAGCAAUUUCUUCUGGACUUUCGCAAUACGCACAGAGGUGCAGGAAAUGCACUCACGUCUGCGGCAGGAGCUGGGUGCCGACGCACCCCUCUGCCGCUGCUCACGGCUCCGGCCGCCGCGGCUUGUCCUUGCUGAAUGUAAAAGCAGAGGGGCCGAGGCUCACAGUCCCUGCUGGUCAGCCCCAGGGGCUGCCCGCGACUUUAAAUGCUCAGUGAGGGUGGAGGAUGUUCAACUUGAGAAGCACAGGCGUGAAUAUCUACUAGGUUUAGAAUCACUCACGCAAGGUUUGUGGUGAAAAAUAAAUUUCCACUUCGUUUUUUUUUUUUUUUUUUUUGGUUUUGUUUUAAAUAUAAAGGUUUCUUUAGCUCACAGUGCUCUAGUCUGCAAAGGGGUGUUGCAAGAGGGUUUUGGCGCAAGGUGCGGAUGGUAGUUUCCUCUGUUAAUGGACUACGAUCCUGUUUCGGAUCCUACAGAGGACGCAGGGGCAGGCACGAAACUCCCACUGCAAGGAGGUGCCCCGAUGCUCAGGGAGAGGAGACCCGCGCUGCCGGGCAGCCAAAGGCACGCAGCACUUUGCGGGCCCCCGAUCCUGGUCCGCGGGGCCGGGGCGGGUGCCCGCGGCGAGGGGCACUGCCGCCAGAGGAGUAGCUUUAAGCGCCACCGAGCCCGGCCCCGGGCGCCGAGCGGGAGCCCGGCGGCUCCGUCUCCCGCGCCCCUGGGAGGGGUGCGCGCUGAGGCCGCCGCAGCUCGCUGCACGUGGGCCGUGUGCCGCGGCGCCAGCGGCCCCGACGGGGACGGGGCUCCGCCGGCCUUCGACGGGGCACAGCCCACGCCUGCCAGGCCGGGGCAUGCUGCCAGGAAAAGGGGUCUCUCGGAGACAAGAUGGGAGCAAAAGGGUAUAUUACAGUAUGGCAAUAAGUAAGGAGCAGAUUUAUUUUUUAAAAAAUACCUAACUAUAGAAUGUCCCCUGAUAGUUUCCUUGAAGUACUGCGGGGAAAUGCUAAAUGUGAAGAAUUUAGUGGUGAAACGCCCUUCCACUUUUUUGCACAGAUUUGCCCCGUGCAGUGUCAGUGUUUCAGGGUGGGAUACACAUUUUUGGCUUGGAAUCUAGUGGAUUCCUGGGACUCCUGAAAGGAGUAAAUGUUUCUGAAUGUCUGGGCUGAAUGCAGAGGACAAUCCAGGGUUUUAAGUUUGAUGUUGCCCCGAAAAAAGGUUUCUCCCGAUCCCUGCCCCAUGCAGCUUUCUGAGUUGUGUGUCUUCCUUAAAGAAGCAGCAGCUCAGUCACUAGGUUACAGUUUGGCUGAUUUCAGCACUGGUACAUGCCAAGGAACAUUACAGACCAGCACUUUUAUUUUUUUAUGCUCAUUUUUUCCCUUUCUUUUUGGAAGUAUGCUGAAUACUGAAACACAUCGUUAUGCGUAGCUGAGCCUUGAAACCCUUUCUGUUCUAAGCAUCUUUUAGUCCCUCCCUGACAAUCUCAAGCAAUACAGAACCAAAUAAAGCCUUCUUCUGGGUUCCAUUCCUCUUCCUUCAUCAGUUCUGGAAUCAGGUAGUCGCUUAGGAAGUCUGGUUGUUACACACCAGGUGGCACUGAAAGGGGCAUUAUUUAUCAGAGCACCAAACUGAGUUAAAUACUAAGGGGGGAGGGAGUGUGUGUACGCACGCAAGAAAGAGAGGAAGAUUAAAUUGAUGCAUUUCUUGAGAAAGGUGUAAGAAUUUCACCUAAAAAGGGGCACAUCUGCUUUGUUAUUUAUAAUAAAAGCUAAAUUCUUCUUCUUCUUCUUUUUUUUUUUUUUGAAUAAAAGGACACUGCUAAUAGGGGCCAAUUCUGCCUCCCUUCCUCAUGCUGAGUAAGUACUACUUAACUCUGUGAUUUUCUAUUUGCAGAGUAAGUAAAACUAGCAGAAUUGAUCCCUCUGUGAUUAGGAAUCAAGGUUUUAGUCUGAUUUUUUUUUUAAUCGGUAAUGGUUUUUUAUAUUUCACUUAAUUUUUUUUCCCCCAGUUCCGUUCCGUUGUGUCCUUAUUUAUGUAAUAUACUUUAACCUUAAAAGACGGCAUGGAUUCUUAUGCCUUUCCUUUAUUAUUAUUGUUAUUAUUUUUAAAAAGAGAUUUAUUUCUAGUGUGAUUUAACUGUCUACCUUCUAAAACAAGAGAACGUUUUCUUGUAUUUUUACAUUGUCAGAUUCUAUAGUUUCAUAGAUAAUUUAACCAAAUCGCUCAAUGUAUUAUCUAUAUCUAUCCAGUGGGUAUAAAAGUUCUAUUUUAAAUUGUGUAAAUACUUCAGAACUGGCUUCUUUUUUCAGACUCCCCCUGCCGCGGAGUUACUUGUUUACAUCACAAAGACUGUAGAAUCUCUACGCUCAUGUACUGUAAAUAGUGAAGUGAUCUGCCUAUAAAUAAACUAUAACAUAUAUACUAUAAAGUGGAAAA